AUGGCUGAGCCCGGGUCUCAGGGCCAUACCGCUGGACCCUUGCUGCUGCUGCUGCUGCUGUUGCUGCUGCCACCCCAAGCCCUGCCAGAGGGGCCCCUGCUAUUUGUGGCUCUGGUGUUCCGACAUGGCGACCGGGCCCCACUGGCCUCUUACCCCACAGAUCCACACAAGGAAGCUGCCUCCACCUUGUGGCCUCGAGGCCUGGGCCAGCUGACCAAGGAGGGGAUCCGCCAGCAGCUGGAGCUAGGCAGAUUUCUGAGAAGGCGUUACAAGGCCUUUCUGAGCCCCGAGUACCGGCGUGAAGAGGUGUAUAUCCGCAGCACAGACUUUGACCGGACACUGGAGAGUGCACAGGCCAACCUGGCUGGGCUGUUCCCUGAGGCUGCCCCUGGAAGUCCUGAGGCUGACUGGAAGCCCAUUCCAGUGCACACAGUGCCUGUGUCUGAGGACAAGUUGCUGAGGUUCCCCAUGCGCAGCUGUCCUCGGUACCAUGAGUUACUGCGGGAGUCCACAGAGGCAGCUGACUACCAGGAGGCCCUGGAAGGCUGGACGGACUUCCUGACCCGCCUGGGCAACUUCACUGGACUGUCCCUGGUUGGAGAGCCACUCCGCAGAGCAUGGAAAGUUCUGGAUACCCUGAUCUGCCAGCGUGCCCAUGGUCUGACCCUUCCAUCCUGGGCCUCCCCAGAUGUGCUGAGGACUCUGUCACAGAUUUCAGCUCUGGAUAUCAGGGCACAUGUGGGCCCACCCCGAGCAGCAGAAAAGGCCCAGCUGACUGGGGGGAUUCUGCUAGACGCCAUCCUCAGCAAUUUCUCACGGGCCCAGCGCCUGGGGCUACCCCUCAAAAUGGUCAUGUAUUCAGCUCAUGACAGCACCCUGCUGGCCCUCCAGGGGGCCCUGGGCCUCUACGAUGGGAACACCCCACCUUAUGCUGCCUGCAUGGCCUUUGAAUUCCGGGGGAGCUCCAGGGACCCUGAGGAGGAAGAUGGAGAGAAUGUCACCAUCUCUCUCAUCUACCGAAAUGACACCUCCCGCCCACCCCUGCCGCUCAGGGUCCCUGGGUGCCCAGCUCCCUGUCCACUUGGGCGCUUCCAGCAGCUGACUGCUCCAGCCCGGCCUCCAGCUCAUGGGGCCCCCUGCCAUGGUUCCUAUGAGCCUGCCAGCCCCCCAGCCACGGUGCCCCUGCUGGCCGGAGCUGUGGCUGUGCUGGCUGUGCUGAGCCUGGGGCUUGGCCUAUUGGCCUGGAGGCCCAGCUGCCUGCGGGCCCUGGGAGGGGCCGUGUGA